AUGACUGAAGAUGAGAGAAACGACCUACGGCGUCAGGCACCCAGAGAUUACGUGACACAUGCGAUAUUUCAGAAAGCCGAAUCACUAUCAAAGUCGGUGGCCGAGUCCCUGGGGAUGUUGGAAUGUUAUAUUCUCUACGUCGACUUUGACUCGAAUAUGUUGACGCAGGCUAUGAAAGAUAAGGGAUUAUCAGAAGUAUCAGGCACGGAGUAUGUAACAUUGAGCCAUCGCUGGGGGCACGCGAACAUAUUUCGACUUACAAAUGAUAACCUUCCUCAGCUAAAAAAUGGGUUUGAAAUCUCAGCUUUGCCAAAGACCUUCGUCAAUGUCAUUGACGCCAUUCGGAAGCAUCUCCCCGUUCGCUACCUUUGGAUUGAUUCGCUUUGCAAAAUACAAGAUGAGGAAGACCUAUCUGACUGGAUCAGGGAGGCAGCGCAGAUGGAAAAGGUCUAUGAGAAUGCCUUCUGCAACAUCUCCGCAACUGGCGCAGAAGACAGUUCUCAAGGCCUCUAUCACCAUCAUAGGCCUGACCUUCUCACCCAUUUCUGUGUGGAUCUGUGCUUCGGCUGGCUAGAUUCUUCAUCAGAUUCCACCGUAACAUAUGCGAAGCAUAUCCCAAUGGUCUUCCACCAAUACUUCAAAAACAGGCAAAAGUCGGACUCAAGUGCUUGGACCCAGCAACCGAAGGACGACGCCUACGGGAACUUGGGCCAGGCUAGAUUCUUUGCGCACCAACUUUGGCCCCGUAUCGUAGAGAUCUACAGUAAUUGUCAGCUCACGAUGGAGAAGGACAAACUGGUUGCAAUCUCCGGAAUCGCAAAGCGGAUGCGAGUGAUACUGCAAGAUGAGUACGUGCCAAUUUUCAACUGUCUUGUCGACCUGCGCGAUAUCGAGCUCCCAGCUUUUCCUGGGCCUCUGUUUGAUGGAGUCAUCAAUGUUGGCACGCCCGAGGAUAGAGGUAUCCUUUUCUCGGUCGAGGAUGUCUCGAUUCAAUACGCAUCCGCUGACACAACAGGGCUUGUUUCUGGCGGUCAUAUUGUGCUGAAAGGGUCACUGAAAGCACUCAGACUCAGACGCAAUGAUGUUCUGAAGAAGACAUGGAUCGUGAUGGUCGAUGGCAAGGAUAUGGUACCUGAAGGGAAGGACCCACAAGACCGACUGGGGCCCCUUGUACAUCUAGAUGUCGACCAGCCAGAUUUCGAGGUUGAAAAUGAAACUACGAGUUUGUAUUGCAUGCUAGCUAGAGCACCGUAUGGAGAUCAUUGGACCUUCCUUAAGUGCCUCCUGUUGGAACAUCUGCGCGAUGGGGAUUACAGAAGAAUUGGUGUAUCUAUGACCGAUAAGCGCGAGUUGAUAGACGCGAUUGCUUGA